UUCAGACACGGAGCAAACCACCUCAUUUUCCCGGUAUCUCAUCCGUCGACACAUCUACCCAAAACGAGAGGUGCUGAAGCAAGCCAUCUGAAAACCGCUCCCCGGCGACGAUGGCGCUCGACCUCUCUGCUCUUGGGAAGCUCCCUCUCGGCGGCGAUUGUCGUCUUCCCCUGGAUCGUAGGGCUGCAACCCUCCGCGCAGCCAAGGCCCACCACCGUUGUCUCCGGGAGAGCUCCGUCGUCGCUCGCCCUCGCAUCGCGAGGGCCAUGCGCUUCGAGAAUAUCGGAAUCGUGUGCCAGUCCCUGACGGAGUCCAAGGCACUCGACAACGAAGCCGCCACAGACGCGGGUCAAUAUCGUCUCUCAAAGGUCCCAGUUUCAAAUAUCAGAAAUUUUUGUAUCAUCGCCCAUAUAGAUCAUGGAAAGUCCACUUUGGCAGACAAGCUAUUACAGAUUACUGGGACAGUUGAUAAGAGGGUUAUGAAAGAUCAAUUUCUUGAUAACAUGGACCUAGAAAGGGAAAGAGGCAUCACAAUCAAACUGCAGGCUGCACGUAUGCGUUAUGUUGUGGAAAAUCAGCCAUAUUGUUUAAAUCUAAUCGAUACUCCCGGGCACGUUGAUUUUUCAUAUGAGGUCUCACGUUCUCUUGCAGCUUGUGAGGGUGCUUUGCUUGUUGUAGAUGCUUCCCAGGGAGUUGAAGCUCAAACGCUAGCUAAUGUAUACCUGGCAAUGGAAAAUAACCUUGAGAUAAUCCCUGUGUUGAACAAAAUUGAUCUUCCAGGUGCAGAACCAAGUCGUGUUAUGCAAGAAAUAGAAGAGGUCGUUGGUUUGGAUUGCAGUGAUGCCAUUCUAUGUUCUGCUAAGGAAGGAGUGGGAAUAAUAGAUAUUCUGAAUGCUAUUGUGAAAAAGAUUCCACCUCCUCAAGAUACCUCAAAAGAGCCUCUCCGAGCACUCAUAUUUGACAGCUAUUAUGAUCCAUACAGAGGUGUUAUAGUGUAUUUCCGAGUUGUUGAUGGUACUAUAAGAAAAGGAGACAAUAUAUACUUUAUGGCUAGUGGAAAGGAGUACUAUGCUGAUGAAAUUGGUGUCUUGUCACCAGAUCAAUUGCAGGUUGAUGAACUAUAUGCUGGCGAGGUUGGGUACCUCGCGGCAUCUAUAAGAUCUGUAGCAGAUGCACGGGUUGGUGAUACCAUCACUCACUCUGCUAGAAGGGCGAAGAAUUCCCUGCCUGGAUAUGAGGAAGCUACUCCAAUGGUGUUCUGUGGCCUGUUUCCUGUUGAUGCUGAUCAAUUUCCUGAGCUGCGUGAUGCAUUAGAGAAGCUACAGCUUAAUGAUGCUGCCCUAAAUUUCGAGCCUGAAACAUCAAGUGCAAUGGGCUUUGGUUUCCGAUGUGGAUUUCUGGGUCUUUUGCACAUGGAAAUUGUGCAGGAAAGGCUGGAGAGGGAGUAUAAUCUGACAUUGAUAACAACAGCGCCAAGUGUGGUUUACCGAGUGAAUUGUGUAAAUGGUGAUACUGUUCAAUGUUCCAAUCCAUCUACCCUUCCUGAGCCUGGACUGAGGAGAUCUAUAGAAGAGCCAUUUGUCAAGAUAGAAAUGCUCACUCCAAAAGAAUAUAUUGGUCCUCUUAUGGAGCUUGCACAAGAUAGGAGAGGGGAAUUUAAAGAAAUGAAGUAUAUUACAGAAGCCAGAGCUUCAAUCACCUAUGAAUUGCCUUUGGCAGAGAUGGUGGGUGAUUUCUUUGAUCAACUAAAGUCUAGAACCAAAGGUUAUGCGAGUAUGGAAUACAGUUUUGUGGGGUAUAGAGAAAGUGAACUCAUAAAGCUUGAGAUUCGAAUCAAUGCCGACCCAGUAGACCCAUUGGCAACUAUUGUUCAUAAGGACAAGGCUUAUGCUGUGGGGAGAGCGUUGACUCAAAAAUUGAAGGAGCUUAUACCUCGUCAAAUGUUUAAAGUUCCAAUCCAGGCUUGUAUAGGUUCCAAAGUGAUUGCUAGUGAGUCUCUUUCUGCUAUCAGAAAGGAUGUUUUAUCCAAGUGCUAUGGUGGUGAUAUCUCAAGGAAAAAGAAGUUGCUGAAAAAGCAGGCUGAAGGAAAGAAAAGAAUGAAAGCUAUUGGCAAAGUUGAGGUUCCUCAGGAGGCUUUCAUGGCAGUAUUGAAACUGGAAAAGGAGGUGGUAUAGGUAGGUCCUUAGAUUUAAAAAGAAAAAAAAAAUGACGGGAACACUUUGAUAGAGGAAUCCCGAGUGACUCUACUGUGAGGAUUUAUCUUGGCCAGCUGUCAAAAAUCACAUCUUUUCUAUUAAUUUUGACUGGUCAGGGUUUGAAAGUGUAUUAUUGACUCGGAUCCAAAUUAAUGGAAUCAAUUUUGUUCA